AGAUCUUAAAAGGUGAAAGUUGCCCGUGACGUUGUUAAAGGAACUCCAAAUUAGGACUGCGGAUUAUUUUUUGAUGAUCUUUAGGAUCCAUUUUAUGUAGAAAAUGCUGGAAUGCUCCUUUGGUGGCUCCCAAUUGGUUUGGGCCUUAGGGGCCAAAUUAUUUGGAGCUGAUGUGGCUUCCACACCAGAGUGCUCCAUCUUUGUUUGCCCAACUUUUUAAGCGAUUGUUUCCUCCCCUUCUUACUCCAGUAGUCCACUCCCAGCUCUUAAAACCUCUGCCCAUCCAAACCUCUCCUUCCCCUGCUCUGCACCUCUCUCUCUCUCUCUCUCUCUCUCUCUCUCUCUCUCUCUCCGUGUAAGAUGGCAACAAAACCCGCUGAUGAUGCGUCAGAACCACUGAAAUACCAGACAUGGAACUUGAAAGUCUCCAUCCACUGCGAAGGCUGCAAGAAGAAAGUAAAGAAAAUCCUUCAGAACAUAGAGGGUGUUUAUACCACUGUGAUUGAUUCUCAGCAACAAAAGGUUACUGUGACUGGAAACGUGAACGCAGACACAUUGAUCAAGAAGCUGGUGAAAACCGGGAAACAUGCAGAGCUUUGGCCGGAAAACUUUGAAAAAAAGAAGAAAAAGUCCGGCAAAAAAAAGAAUAACCAGAAACAAGAAAACCCGGAAAGUAAUGGGAAAGUAAGUGAUGAUGAUGAUGAACAGAAGGAUUUAGAAGUGGAAACUGAAAACCCUGCUGACAAUAGCGAUGACCAGUCUCUGGGGGAGGAAGAAAAAGGUGGAGAAAUUGAGGCUCCGGCCACUGGUGGUGGCAGCGGAGGUAAAAAGAAGAAGAAGAAAAAGAAGAAGAGCAAGAACGGAAAUGAGAACGGCGGUGAUGCACUAGCCAGCGGCACUGGAUACCCUAUGCUAUCUGAGGGCUUGGACCCGCUUUUCGGGUCCAUGAAUCUUGGCCCUCCAUCUGAGCAGAUGUAUCCAUAUCCACCUGCCUAUUAUCCGCUUCCAUCCUAUGGGUUGAGCUACAAUAUGGCGUAUCCUAGUACUAGCACUUUGCACUAUGACCCGCCAGCAAAUGCUUACAUGCAGUCACAGGUAGAUUACCCACCACCUCUACAUCCAAUCCAUGCAUUCGCCAAUGGUAAUGAUGGUGCUGAUGAUUAUGAUGAUGAUGAGACUGGAUGCUCUAUCAUGUAACUCGUAACCAGGAUACGAGUGGGGAUAUACGGUAUACGUAGACGAUAUGAUAAGUAUAUGUUAUGGUAGUUUAUUGAAGGAGUAAUUGAUGGUCUGUUUUUAUGUUAGCUAGAUUUGCACUGCUUUGGGUUUGCUUGAGCUCAUUAAUAAAAGCUUAGAGCCUGUAUGUUUCGCAAGACCUCUAAAUUUCCUUUCUUUAUUCUCUCAUAUGGAAAGGACUAUUUUGUUUGCUGAA